CUUUCCACAGUCAGAGGUUCUGAUGGAAUCCAAUUGAUCCAGGGACCUCCAAGGUUUACCAACCAUGACUCAUUUCAGCAAGACAGCAGCAAAAAUUGCAAAGUGUCCAUUUUUAGCAGAGAUGGGAAGCUAUUUGGAUGGUGUAAUGGAGAAGUAAUAAAUAUAGUGAACAGUGCUGACAGCACACCGCUGCACACCUUUGAUCUGCCUAAAGUAGUCGGCCUUGAACUCUCUCCAAAGAACACAAUCCUGGCAACAUGGCAGACCUACACAACUGGGAAGGAUGGCACAGCAGGUGUUCCCAAUCUACAACUGUAUGACCUGAAAAAUGGAAAGUGUGUGAAAUCCUUUAUCCAGAAAAAGAUGCAGAAUUGGUCUCCUUGCUGGUCUGAAGAUGAGAAGAUAUGUGCCAGGAAUGUAAACAAUGAAGUGCAGUUCUUUGAAGACAACAAUUUUGAUGUCAUUGCAAAUAAACUGCACUUACAGAAAGUAAGUGAUUUUGAAUUGUCACCUGGAGAUCAUCCUUGCAAGGUAGCAGUUUACGUUCCUGGAAGCAAAGGAGCUCCAUCAUUUGUGAGACUUUACCAAUAUCCUAACUUCAGUGGACCCCAUUCAGCAGUAGCAAAUAAGAGUUUCUUCAAAGCAGAUCGGGUCACCAUGUUAUGGAAUUCAAAAGCUACUGCGGUACUAGUCACUGCCAGCACUGACGUGGACAAAACAGGAGCCUCUUACUAUGGGGAGCAGACACUGCACUACAUUGCAGUAAAUGGGGAAAGUGCUGUUGUGCAGUUACCAAAAAAUGGUCCCAUUUAUGAUGUAGUGUGGAACAAAAAUUCAACAGAAUUUUGUGUUGUUUAUGGUUUUAUGCCAGCCAAAGCUACUGUUUUCAACCUAAAAUGUGAUCCCAUUUUCGAUUUUGGAACUGGCCCUCGGAAUGCUGCCUUCUACAGCCCACAAGGACACAUAUUGGUACUAGCUGGGUUUGGUAACCUGAGGGGCCAAAUGGAAGUAUGGGACAUCAAAAAUUACAAACUUAUUUCCAAGCCAACAGCUUCUGAUGCAACCUAUUUUGCCUGGUGUCCUAAUGGGGAACAUAUUGUCACUGCUACCUGUUCUCCAAGAUUGCGAGUUGGCAAUGGUUAUAAGAUCUGGCACUACACAGGUUCUAUAUUACAUCAAUAUGAUGUACCAGACAAUACAGAACUGUGGCAGGUGUCCUGGCAGCCAUUUACAGAUGGGGUCUUUCCAGCAAAGCCCAUUAUUUAUCAGCCCGUACCUGGAGAAAUACCAGCAGAGGAGAGCAAACCAGCUCAAGCAUACAGGCCACCAGCACUGAGGAACAAGCCUGUCACUAGUUAUAAGCUGCAUGAAGAUGAGCCUCCACAAAGUGUGAAGCCUCAGUCUACUGAGAAACCCAUGUCAAAAACAGCACUGAAAAACCAAAAGAAGAGAGAGGCGAAGAAAGCUGCCAAACAGGUAUUACAUAUUGUCAUUAGGCAGUAUAGUCCUGUGCAGUCAGUACCAAUUUGGCACAUCACCUGA